CUCGUGUAAAGGGCCUUGUAUGAAGCACUGACCUAUCGCACUAAUCAGCAUAUUGUGACCCUCAACACCUCUCUGAAGCUGAUACCUGCAAUCUAUGAUUUAGGAAGCACAGGAGCUAUCACACUAAUCAGCAUAUUGUGACCCUCAACACCUCUCUGAAGCUAGUAACGGCAACUUUUGAUUUAGGAAGCGCAGGGACAUUGUAUUGUUACCCUCAACGCUCUCUGUAACUGAUGCCUGCAGUCCAUGAAUGAGGGAAGCAGAGGGACUGCCAGAGUGGUAUUCGGAACAUUGUGACCCUUAAAGUGGUUUUCUGGUUAUAUAACUUUUUUUCAACUCCUUCAGCGUUGGUGUGUAGGUGGUGCACUUAAACUAACCUAAAACAUAUCAGCCUGUGAUGCGACUCUGUUCUUAAGUUAUGCACUCCUCGUUCUUGAAACACAGUGGAGAAUGCAUCCUCUGUCAUGUGAUGUUUGUGAGAAAGACAGAACCAUACAUAUAGAUAGGAAAAUAGUGAGAGAUACGUAGUGACAGACAUACAGACUCUGUAAGAUUUGCAGACAGACUGGCUGAGACAGAUUGACAGACACCCAGUAAUAAAGAAAAAGACAAAUACAGACAACCAUUUAAAAGGCAGACACCUACCAGCAUCAAGACACAGAAAGCAGUUUAAAACAGCAAGUAAAAGAUGAAACAGAUGGGUAAAGAGCAAGUGACCCUGAGGAAGAUCUACACAAGCAAGUGGAAAAAAGAAACAGAAAAAGCUGCAAUAAAACCUCAACUUACUGCUACAGGCCAGGAUUAUCCAGCAAGUAGCUUCAUGUGAUUUAGAGCACAGCUCCCUUACAUGCCUUGUGAGCUCCAUCUCUCAGCAGAGAAGCUCUGACCAGAGCUAGUCCCAGGUGCACGACAAGAGAGAGCUGAAACUGAGCAUGAUUGACCAGCGGCAGGAGAGAGAAGACAGGUCGUAAAUAAGGGAUACAGGAGUAUAAACAGGGCAGAGAAACUAAGAAGUGAAAAUCAGUUUUAGGUUUCACAGAGAUGGACAACAAGGGAUUUCGCCGCACCAGCCUCAGUAGUUUCCACAGCAACACCAGUGAUGAAGAUAUGGUUGAAAUUACAGAUGCCACCUUGGAUUUUGCCAUGUCUGAUGAUGUUCCACCUAUUGACCGUGAGAUGGCUGAAGGUUUUACUGCAUAUAAUGGGAACGGCUUACAUGGCACGAGCAAUGUGAUGGACUUCUUAGAGGUGCCUGGAGUGGGGACUUAUGAAGACUUUAACACUAUUGACUGGGUGCGAGAGAAGUCCAGAGACAGGGACCGGCACAGAGAGAUCCUGAGCAAGAGUAAAGAGUCGCCAUGGGCACUACUGCACAGUGUCAGCGAUGCAUUUUCUGGGUGGUUGUUAAUGCUGCUGAUUGGCCUUUCUGCAGGCUCCUUAGCUGGACUGAUUGACAUAUCCUCUCAUUGGAUGACUGACCUGAAGGAUGGCAUAUGUGUAGAGUGGUUCUGGUUUAACCAUGAGCAGUGCUGUUGGAAGUCUGAUAAUGUGACUUUUGAAAACCGAAAUGUAUGUCCAGAGUGGAGAAACUGGUCUCAGAUAAUAAUUGGCCAGUCUGAGGGAGCUUUUCCAUACAUACUGGAUUACAUCAUGUAUAUUCUAUGGGCGCUACUUUUCUCUCUCCUUGCGGUCUUGCUAGUUCGAAACUUUGCCCCAUAUGCCUGUGGCUCAGGAAUCCCUGAGAUUAAAACCAUACUGAGUGGAUUUAUUAUUCGUGGUUACCUGGGAAAGUGGACGCUGAUUAUCAAGACCAUGACACUGGUACUGGCUGUCUCUUCUGGUCUCAGCUUAGGAAAGGAGGGACCCUUGAUUCACGUGGCAUGCUGUUGUGGUAAUAUUUUGUGCCAUCUCUUCACCAAGUAUCGUAAAAAUGAAGCCAAGAGAAGAGAGGUGCUAUCUGCAGCCGCCGCCGCCGGCGUCUCUGUGGCUUUUGGUGCCCCCAUUGGAGGAGUCCUUUUCAGUCUGGAGGAGGUGAGUUAUUACUUCCCAUUGAAGACUCUGUGGAGGUCCUUUUUUGCUGCAUUAGUAGCAGCUUUUACAUUACGCUCCAUUAACCCUUUUGGCAAUAGCCGCUUGGUGCUCUUUUAUGUUGAGUUUCAUGUUCCCUGGCAUCUACUAGAGCUCAUCCCAUUCAUUCUUCUGGGAAUAUUUGGAGGCUUAUGGGGUGCUUUCUUCAUUCGAGGGAAUAUUGCUUGGUGCCGUAAAAGAAAGACUACUAAGCUGGGUCGCUAUCCUGUGGCUGAAGUCCUAGUGGUCACAGCAAUCACUGCAGUUAUAUCGUUUCCUAAUGACUACACUCGAACAAGUUCAAGUGAACUGAUAUCUGAGCUUUUCAAUGACUGUGGCUUGCUAGAUUCAUCCAAACUUUGUGACUACAAUAAUGAUUUUAACAGCACCAAUGUGGGCAACCUGCCAGACCGAUCAGCCCGUAGCGGAGUCUACACCGCAUUGUGGCAGCUCUCCUUAGCCUUGAUCUUCAAAGCUGUGAUCACCAUCUUCACAUUUGGCAUGAAGGUGCCUUCUGGACUUUUUAUACCAAGCAUGGCUGUUGGUGCAAUAAUGGGAAGGCUAAUGGGAGUGUGCAUGGAACAACUGGCCUUCUAUCACCAUGAUUGGCCUAUCUUCAAGGGAUGGUGUAGCCAAGGGGCAGACUGUAUUACUCCAGGCCUUUAUGCUAUGGUAGGAGCAGCUGCUUGUCUAGGUGGAGCUACUCGCAUGACAGUCUCACUUGUAGUCAUCAUGUUUGAAUUGACUGGUGGAUUGGAGUACAUUGUGCCUUUAAUGGCCGCGGCCAUGACUAGCAAGUGGGUGGCAGAUGCUUUAGGAAGGGAAAGUAUCUACGAUGCCCAUAUCCGCUUGAAUGGUUACCCCUUUCUGGAGGCCAAAGAGGAGUUCAGCCAUAAAACACUUGCAAUGGAUGUAAUGCGACCACGACGUAAUGACCCAACGCUAACGGUCAUCACUCAAGAUAGUAUGACAGUGGGUGACAUUGAGGCGACAAUUACUGAAACUACAUACAGUGGGUUCCCUGUUGUAGUUUCUCGAGAAUCUCAGAGGCUUGUGGGUUUUGUGUUGAGGCGAGAUUUAAUCAUUUCCAUUGAGAGUGCCAGGAAGAAACAAGAUGGCAUAGUGAGCUCAUCCAGGAUUUACUUUACAGAGCACACUCCACCGCAGCUGCCUACAGCUGUGCCUAGCUUAAAGCUCCACAGUAUUAUGGACCUCAGUCCUUUUACUAUCACGGACCAGACACCAAUGGAGAUUGUGGUUGACAUUUUCCGCAAGCUUGGAUUACGCCAGUGCCUGGUAACACACAAUGGGAGAUUAUUGGGCAUUAUAACAAAGAAGGAUGUUCUCAAACACAUAGCACAGAUGGCCAAUCAAGAUCCAGACUCUAUACUGUUUAACUGAACAUGAGUUCAUAUAGUUCUGGAUCCUGGGAAGCCUGUACUUUAUGGUGUAUUUUACACCUUUCGACUGUGAAGAGAGUUGUCUUGCUUCAAAUGUUGGAGCUACAGGCACUUUUUUGGAUGUUCCUCUAAAAUGACAGCAAAUUGCCUUCUGUGCAGGUCUCUGUGGAUGCUGUCACCUGCCCUUGUCUGCAUUAAGAGCUACAGCUCUUUGGUGUACUUUAUAUUUAAUGGAUGCCUCUGGCUCAAACUAAGGAGAGGUUAAGGAGAGAAACUGAAAUGUUUAAUGGAGAACUUGAGCAGGCAAUGCACCUUCUAGUGGAUAUUUAGUCAUCUUUAUAUGUAAAGGUCAAUUAAUAUCACUGUAUGCAACAAUGAAGGAAGACUUCAUACAAGUAUUCUGUGCCAAGAAAUAUGUGACAAUGACACCACUCACUCAGCCUUAUUCUAUUGUCAUACCUGCAGGUAUAUUAAUGUCUAUGUAUAAUAUGUAAUUAUUUCUACAUGCACUAUAUACACUUCUGCCUCUUGUGUCAUUAUUAUUGAAACAUAUUACUUUCCUUUGCAGCUUCAUUAGGUGUUGCUGUGUAUUUUCUAGCUGAUUCCAAUCUAACUUGAAUUUUCUAAUCUAGAAUGACAAUAUAUUAUGAACAGAACAGGAGAAAAAGAAAUAAAUUAAGAGAAUUUUUCCUGUUUUCUACUUGAUAAACUGGCAAUCUCCAUCAGCCAAUACUGUCAAUAAAUACAUCCUGUGUAAAACACAAAAA